UUAUCACGCAUGCGCCCGCAAAGCCGAAAGAGCAGUAACGGCGAACUCCACAAACACCGUUGGUGAAAGCCGCUGCUCAGUACGCAUGCGCAAUCUUUCUGAAAGAAGGCAAAAUGGCGGCGCCCGUGGAUCUUGAGCUGAAAAAGGCGUUUACUGAACUUCAAGCCAAGGUCAUUGAUACCCAGCAAAAGGUGAAACUGGCUGAUCUGCAAGUAGAUCAGCUGAACAGGACGAAAAAGCAUGCACAUCUUACUGAUACAGAGAUUAUGACUUUGGCUGAUGAAACACGAAUGUACGAAGGUGUAGGAAGAAUGUUUAUCCUUCAGUCCAAAGGAGUAAUUCAUAACCAGCUCUUAGAGAAAAAAAAAAUAGCAGAAGAGAAAAUUAAGGAAUUGGAGCAGAGAAAGUCGUACCUGGAGCGGAGCGUCAAGGAAGCGGAAGAUAACAUCCGGGAGAUGCUCAUGGCUAGAAGAGCACAAUAAGGGUUUCCUCCCCGCCAGCGCCUGCUCCUUGCAUUUGGACUGAACAGCUGAAAGCCAAACAUGCUGGAAACCUUGUAAUAUAGAGCUCUGCAUGUUGAAGACAUGAGGGCCUUGAGCUAUGUCAUUAAGUCAUGUCAAACCCAUCCUGUAUUUUGAUGUAAUAAUACAUUUCUAUCUGGGUUAUAUCCUGUGGCUGUUGGACCUAGUCAGGGUUUUGUGUUAACAUGAGCAUUUGGCUCUUGCAGUGUCUCCUCCAACUUCCCAGACUUGUCCGUUGAAAACCUAGCUGUAGCUUGUGAAUGGGGAAGGGUCAAUCUUUGUCUGUUCUGCAGCAUCAGCAAUAAAGCACAUGAGACUUGUGGAAAUAAA